AUGGCAGAGUACAGCCCCAGCACCGGGUCGCCGCUGGCCGGGACCCCGCUCACGCCGCGCGCGCUCUCCAGCUUCGGCUCGUCGAACGGGUCAGGAUCCGACGGCACCGACGACAGUGACACCGAACCGACCGAGGACGUCGCGGAGAUGUGCGUCAAGGACCGCGAGCGCCUCACGACAGUCGCCAAGCGCAUGACCGAGAGCCUCCUGGAGGCCACCGACCUGCUUGGCGGCAUCCCGUGGGCGCUCGUCCACGAGAAACACGGCAUCUCGCUCUUCCGAGCCGACGCCACCAACGCAGGAACCAACGUGCCGUGCAACGUGCACGCCGUGUGCAAGUUCGCCUGUGACAUCGAGGACGUCGCGGCGUCGCUCAUCACGCCGACCACAGCGUCCUUCAAGCGGAUGAUGGCCAUGCUGUCGUCCGACUUCCUGGACGGCGCAGUGGUGCAGAACAUUGUAGAGCCCACGCCGGCCAACCCGCACCGCUACGUCGCGCUCAAGUGGGCCGCCUUCAAGAGCUCCGGCCCGUUCGCCAAGGACCGCGACCUGCUCAUGCUCGAGUACGUUGACAUGAUCGAGGACGCUCAGGGACAGAUGACCGCCUUCCGUAUCAUGGAGUCGGUGGACACGCCCGCGGGUUUCUCCAAGUACGCCGAGUCCCCCAAGUACGUGCGCGACCUCGUGCCGCUCAUGGGCUUCAUGUAUCACUCGACCAAGCGGUCGGGCGAGCUACGCAUGACCUACACGUGCAACUUCGACAAGAACGGCGACCUCCCCGCGUGGGUCGCCAACUCGGCCAUUCAGUCGCACGUGGAGAAGUGCAUCAACGGCAUCCUCAAGUACACCGAGAACUUCCGCGUGGGCCGCGAGGAGAUCGUUCUGCCUCUGCAAGUGGUGCCCAUGAGCGAGCAGGAUCACUGCCGCAUGUGCUCCAAGAAGUUCUGCGUGCGCCGCCGCCGCUACAACUGCCUCAAGUGUGGCGAAGUGUGCUGCAGCUCGUGCAGCUCUGUGCGCAGCGCUCAUGUGCCCGAUAUCGGCGAGCGCCAGCUUCGAGUCUGCACUGCGUGCGUGAUUGAAGCGCGUCGGUCCUCACGCAACACUGCCAGUGGCAUGGAGCCCCCAUCCACGCCGUCUUUCAGCUCUACGGGCUCGAAUCAGUUCUUCGCCUACACGAACGAGACCACUCCGAUGCUGGGCCGUGCACAGAGCUUUUCGGUUGCCAGCGGCCAAGUCAAGGAGGAGCCUCCAAAGCGUCGGUCGUACGACAAUCUCCUCGAUCCCGUGCGCUCGCGCCUCAUCGAGUACAAGACGUUCUCGUCAGGUGCUGAGGAGAGCAACGGCUCCGGCGUUGCUGGCUCCAGCAUCGGUGUCCCCAAGGCCAGCUUCCCCUGUCGCUCCUUCAGCGACGGCCUCGUGAUGCGCAACAAGGCGCUCUUCGCGGCCAAGCGCCGAGGCAGCCCAGCGGAUCUGGCCAUCUCGAUCGAGGCCUUCCGCCUGCACCAAAUGCGCAUGGGCAACGCGGGCCGUCAGCCUGAAGACAACGAAGGCUCGGACGAAAACGACAACACCGACGACGAGUCCACUUCGUCGUCGUCCACUUCGCCGACGUACUCGAUCACGCGGCCGUCGCCGGUGCACGCACGCACCUCGCCGCAGAAUGGAGUGAAUCCUCGUACUGGGCGUUCGCGCAUCCAGAUCAACUACGAAAGCAACCAAGAGCCCCAGGCGGACGACGGCAACGAAAGGUUCGAGUUCGAUGAGGCCAUGGCACGCGCCAAGAACAUCAUCGUGGCCGCCAACUACGCGAACACUUUGGCGCAGCAAGCGCGAAAGCUCUCGCACUAUCGCGUCGUGGCGCUGCAGCAGGAGCACGAGUUCAUGGCUCCGAUGCUGCGCAACGGUGGCAACACCCCGAUCAAAAACAGCAGCAGCAACAACGGGCCAAUUGUGCGUCGUCGACCGCGUCACCGUCGCCACGGCAGCGACUUUGAAGCGACCCCGGGUGCUGGAACGGUGCUGUACUCCAGCUAA